CAUAUUUCUAUUUAAAUACAGGCACCUGUGGGUUUUUUUAAUCUGGGUUUUGCUGCAGUCUUGAACUGAAAUGGUAUGAAAAGAAGAUUGGUUUGGAAAGCCUUGAAAAUUCCUUGACUGUGUGUAGCUCUCUGAUUACAGCAUCCCAGUGAUAAUGCCAUCCUUGCCUAAUGAGGGAGAUAACCAAGGAACCUCUUCUUUGACUUUGAGCUCAGGCCUAUCUUUCCAAAACACAAUAAGGAGAAAAGUCAGAGAGAAGAAAAAACAUGGAACCAUUACUGCGAAUAUUGCUGGCACGAAAUAUGAGAUUGUACGGGUAGUAAUAGAAGAAAUGGGAUUUGUGAAGACUCGUGAUGAUGAUGAGACAGCAAACCUUAUCUGGAGUGACUGUGCUGUGCAGCAAGAAAAAAUUGCAGAACUCCGAAACUACCAGAGAAUCAACCAUUUUCCUGGAAUGGGGGAAAUCUGUAGGAAGGACUUCUUGGCACGAAACAUGACCAAAAUGAUCAAAUCUCAGCCACAGGAAUAUAGCUUUGUUCCUCGGACAUGGAUUUUCCCAGCAGAGUUUACUCAGUUCCAGAACUACGUAAAAGAACUUAAAAGAAAGCGCCGACAGAAAACCUUCAUAGUCAAACCAGCUAAUGGGGCAAUGGGGCAUGGGAUCUCCCUUGUCAGAAAUGCAGAAAAACUUCAUUCCCAGGAGCACCUCAUAGUUCAAGAAUACCUUGACAAGCCCUUCCUUAUGGAAGGUUACAAAUUUGAUUUAAGGGUGUACAUUCUGGUAACUUCAUGUGAUCCACUUAAAAUAUUUUUAUAUCAUGAUGGAUUAGUGAGAAUGGGCACAGAGAAAUACCAUCCACCCAAUGAAUCAAAUCUGAGCCAGUUGUAUAUGCAUCUGACCAACUACUCUGUGAAUAAGCAUAAUGAACGUUUUGAACGGGAUGAAACAGAAGAUAAAGGCAGUAAGCGCUCUAUAAAGUGGUUUACUGAGUUUCUGCAAACAAAUCACCUUGACGUUUCCAAAUUCUGGAAUGAUAUUUCAGAAUUAGUGGUGAAGACACUUAUAGUAGCAGAGCCACAUGUUCUUCAUGCUUAUCGUAUGUGUAGACCAGGGCAAUCUCUUGCAAGUGACAGUGUUUGCUUUGAAGUUCUGGGAUUUGAUAUUCUGCUGGACAAAAAACUCAAGCCUUGGCUUCUAGAGAUUAAUCGAGCCCCCAGCUUUGGUACUGACCAGAAAAUAGAUUAUGAUGUGAAAAAAGGAGUGCUUCUGAAUGCAUUAAAGCUGCUCAACAUUAGGACAAGUGAUAAAAGAAAAAAUUUAGCCAAGCAAAAAGCAGAAGCUCAGAAGAGACUGUAUGGCCAAGGCUCAGCGAAAAGGCUGUCACCUGUAUCUUCUGACUGGGAAAAACAACGUCGUUCCCUAGAAAGGAGGAGAGAAGAACUGAAAGAGAGACUUGCACAAGUACGCAGGCAGAUCUCCAGAGAAGAGCAUGAAAACAGGCACAUGGGAAAUUAUAGGCGUAUUUAUCCUCCUGAUGAUAAACUACUACUUGAAAAAUAUGAAGGUUUGUUAGCUACAGCUUUUCAGACAUUUCUUGCUGGGAGGGCAGCUUCACUUCAACGGGAAAUGAACAACCCUUUGAAAAAGAUGAAGGAAGAAGACAUAUUGGAUCUUCUGGAACAGUGUGAACUUGAUGAUGAGAAACUAAUGGGGAAAUCUGUCAGAUCACGUGGACCAAAGCCUCUGUAUUCCAUGCCAGAAAGUGCACAAUUCAUGAAAAAGAACAAGAACGACAGCAGUGGGAGUAGUCGUGAAAGUAGCAGUGAUGUAUCUGAAUGGGAGGAGGAAGUUGAGAAAGACGAUGGAAAUGGGAAGAAAGAGAAAAAUGUCUCAUUUGAUCUUGAAGAUAGGAAAUUAAUAGAGCGAUCCAGCAGAAUGCACUGGAAGCAGCCUCUUAAAAAAGUCACAUCUUAUGUGUCUGCCGCCUCAUCGACUAGUCCUAUCAGACGUUCUGUAAGCUGCCCUCGAUCCAUUUCAGCCUUGGCUAUGCAAAUACAAACUGCUGAAAAACGUCCUUUCACAGCCAAACCAGCAGGGCGGCUCUCUCGGUCAUCUCCUGCCAAUAGGUCACACUCUUUAAGCAGAGGCUCAUCUGCUGUCAAAGUGUCUCACACUGCCAACCAGGGUCCUGUACAUUCAUCUGUGGGUGAAAUGCAGGAGAGAACAAGAGAAGAAGAGGAAUCAUUGACAAAGGAAACUUUAGCCAUUUUCAGUGACAUGAAGAUACGAUUCCCAGGGAAAACAAAUGAAGAAGCAGAUCUAAUCAUUGAAGAUAUAAUGGAUAACUGGAAAUACCAUAAAUCAAAAGUGGCAUCAUAUUGGUUAAUAAAGCUAGAUUCUGUAAAACAGCGAAAGGUUUUAGACAUUGUGAAAGCAAGUAUUCGCUCUGUCCUGAAGCAUAUCUGGAGAAUUUCAGAUGUUGAAUGUUUACAUUUGUACCGACUUUUUAACCGUGUGUUUAAUCGUCUAUUAUGGAGCCACGGCCAGGGGCUGUGGAACUGUUUCUGUAAUUCAGGGAGCUCUUGGGAGACAAUAUUCAGUAAAAGCACAGAAGCAGUGACUGCCGAUCAGCUCCAGUGUUGCCAACGAAUAGUUGAGCUUUGUAAACAGUGCCUGCUAGUGGUUUACAAAUACUCGGCUGAUGCUAGAGGGUCCAUCCCUGGAAUGAAUCCUGAUUGGGAUGACACAAGGUAUUUGCUACCAGGACCGUUGCAAUUCAUCAUGAAACCCUCCACCGGUUUUGGGUGUAGCUCAUCUGGAAUGACUCGCUCGGUUUUGUUUACAUCAAGCUAUGACCACUCAUGAAACUAAAGGGAAUGUUAUAUGAAUGGGCAAUUUGCUUUAUUUUUCUCCUCAAUUAUAAAUGUGUGAUGGAACUGAACUUAGAUACUGUUAUAUAUUUAUUACCGUAUAUAAAAUGUAGCUCAAAAAUCUGCUGUAAACACAUAACCUUUCUCAGAAUAUAAUAAACCUUAUUAAACUGUUUACAGAGGUAUGUGAAUGUCCACAUUUGCUAGAUGACUAAAUACUUUGUACUAAAAAUGAUACUUUUGCUGCAGAGGCACAGAGGGUGCAGUCCUAUACUGAAGAUCUCUCAGCUGAGGGGCUUUAGACUUUAGUGGAAGCCCCGCUGUCUGGUGAAAUACCAGUUAUGUUGCCAUCUUAACUCAUGCGCUAGUAGAACUCUCUGCAGGCAGAGGUGUUCUCUCAGUGAAGAUACCUUUACUGAAAGGCUAGAGCAUAGCAGAGAUGUGAGUUGAACAGAGGAGAACCAACCUUUGGCAUAUCCCAUACUACUAUGAUCUGUGGCUGUGUUCCCACAGGAGGUGCAGUUUUACCUUAGGUCCAGAUCUGGUGUAUUUUCUGUCCCAUUUUGCUUACUGGGAGAGGGGAGAUCCAUGAGUGCAUCAGUCGUCUUGCCUGCAUUGCCAAUACGUGGGACAUAUUGUGGCUCAGCACCCAAUUAUAGCAAAUCAUCACCAUAUAUAAAAUCACAGUCAGUAUAUUAUCCACCACCCUGAUGAAAAUGUGCAUAGCAAGAGGGGCUAUAUUUGGUCUCAUAAUGCACAUGUUUCAGAGGCUAUAAGACUGCACUUUGGGGAACAAGAAGAAAGAUCAUUAUGCAGAAGAGCACAUUAUGAAAUUCUCAUAGAGCAGAUUGCUAACACUUCUUUGCCUAGAACCCUAACUGGCACUUCGCUUUGAGACAUUAGACAUAAUGUCAACAAUAAACUUUGUUUGUGUGACUGGGGGAUGGCAGGACAGAGUUCCCCAUUUAAGGAAGUGAGGGAAGAAGACUACAAAGUAUAAUUGCUCUGGUUGAUCCCACUCAUCUAAGGCAAAACGGGCAAGGAUGUCUACAGCAGGAACAGGAAGAGUUGGUUAGCCACCAGCUUACUAAAAAGAGAAGUUAGUACAUGAUUGCCGACACUCCCUCCCUGGAAUGUUUCAAAGCCCCAGAGCAACACAGUUAAUGGGAAUACUGCACCGACAGCCAAGAGAAUUGGGAACAUAGCCACAGAGAAGCCAGCGUCCCAGGGAAA